AUGUCGGAAGAGCGACUUUGGAAGUUCAAAAAGCCGGAAUGGAUGAAUAGUGCUGUGGCGAGGAGUGCGGGGGUUUAUGCGGCUGGUGCUUUGUUCUCACUAUCCUUCUUCCUCCUCCUCGACGCCGCCGUCUUCUCGCACUCGAAACUCAAUGGCAGCGAUCCGCCUAUCCACAUAGCGUUUAUCGACUGGCUGCCGCUCAUAUUCUCAUCCCUCGGCAUGCUGAUCAUUAAUUCUAUCGAGAAAACCCGUCUCUCCGCUGAUUCCUUCAGCUACAGCGGAAGCGGGGUUGCGUGGAAGGCGCGCGUCGUGUUGUUUUUGGGCUUUGCGAGUCUGGCGGGCGGCAUGGCGGGUGGGGUUACGGUACUGGUGUUGAAGUAUGUUGUGCCUGGAGUGGUGUGGCCGGGGUUGUGGAUGGGUGUUGCGAAUGUGCUUGCGAACGGAGGGGUUAUGAUGAGCUCCGUUGUGCUAUGGGUUAGCCAGAAUAUGGAGGAUGAGUAUUCUUAUAACUUGGCUCUGUGA